UUUUAUCUGAAUUGAGAGUACAGUAGCUGCAGCAGCACUGUUAUGACACGUGUUGAAUGUUUUUGAUCAAGAACAGCUUGAAGUGUUUGCAGAAGAUCAACAUGAAUCAGAGAAAACCUGCGAGAGGUCGUCAAAAUCAGCUCUUCAACCCAAAUCAGAUUCAUCCAAAUCCAAAACCUGUACUUCAGCUAAAUGUUGAGAACGACCAAAUCCACCAUCAGAAGUUGUCCUGCUCUCAACUCCUUCACUUUCUGAAAACAAGCAGAAAACCAGCGUCUGAACUUCUGUCAUCAGCUGAUGAAGUCAAAUACAGGCCGAACAUCACCGAGUCUUCAUUUGGUCUGAUGCAGCAACAAAACAUCAGUGCAACAGCGUCUGUGGAUCAGAGAGUCGUGGCUUUGACCGCUGCCGAGGAGAACAGGGAGGAUAAGAUCUUUUCUUAGGAGAACGUUUCUGAACUCAUGUUUGCAGAGAAAGAAAGCAGCGCUGAUGUUUCCUACCACUGGAUGAUUGCCACAAACACUGAAUUGUGGGACAUUGGGGAUAUUUUCUCAGAUACAGAUCAGUCCUGGCCAGAGCCAUUCUCAAAUGAAAUGACAGAUUUUAAUUUCCAAGCUGACUGUAAAGUUCCUGAUCUCUGGAGCCGAAGCGUGUGUCCCUCAGCAGAAGAAUCGUGGCGUCUGAAGGUUGGUCAAAGCCCCGACACACUGACUGACCACACUGAAGAUGACCACGCUGUACAUGUCACAAUCUCAGAGUUUCAGAGUCGCAGAUUUGAGGAGAUGCCUGUUGUUAUCAGCCACAUUGUUAACCCCAACAAGUUCUUCAUCCAACACAAGGACACCAAUCUCUGUCAACUCUCUGAAAUCAUGCUGAGGAACAGCAGCAGAUCUUUUGCGGAGAUGAAUCGCAUCCCAAACAUUGGAGUUUAUGUCAUGGUUUGGUUUCUGAAGCAAGAGACGUGGAGCCGUGGCCAGAUCAUCAGAAUCUGUCAGAUGAGUCAAGGGCCCAGCAGCAGAGAUUGCACAGACAUUAAGGUGGAGGUCAGGAGGGUUGACUAUGGAGAUGUUGUUUGCGUCUCUCUUUGGGAUGUUAAGGAACUGUGUGGAGAAGCAGCAUCCAUACCUGUGCAAGCGCUGCAGGUCUCUCUGGUGAACGUGAGGCCAGUGAAUGGAGAAACAUGGUCUUUUGAAACGAUCAGCUGGUUCAAGAGUAAAGUGCAGAACAAGACUCUUUAUGCCAGGCUUUACCCAGAAGAAGGAGAAGUUUUGGUUGAGCUCUUCAUGGAGAAGGGAAAGAUUGGUGCUAUGAGGUGACGUCCCAGAACAAACCAGACAGCAGUCGUUACAGUGGGAGAAGUAUCUGAUCUCCUGUUACAGUCACAACAGAGAAUAAUGUUCAGUGAUCAGAAAACUCACAUGCUUUUGUCAUUCAUCAUUACAUCAUAACCUUAUACACACUUCACAAUAUCUACUGUAACUAUGCAGAUUUCAUAGUCUGGAGUAUUUGGUGUACAGUUUGUGAACACUGUACAUUUGUUACAAGAUAGAUUGUAUUACAGAAAAUAUUUGAUGAUGUUCGUCGCUGUGGAAUGUGUUCUUUUUGGUUUAGAUAAUUCAUAAUUAAAAAUAACCAGGAAUUGUAAAAUAGAAGCUUGUCUUGUUUCUAAGAAUUUUAGAGUUUACUUUGUGUGUUCUGUUGUUCUUUGGAAAAAUACUGAAAUAUGUACUGUUCUUUGUUUGUUAGUUAACUCUGGCUGGGCAAGCUUUACUGUAAUUUUACUCUGGAGCACAUUAACACUUUUAAAACGCUUGACAUGAACGUGUAAAUAUGCACUUGAAGUGCUGAUUAAGAGACACUGUCUGUUCAUGAAGUGCUGAAAGAUCUUUUAAUGGCUUCUCUGUUCAGUGCCUGUUUAGAAAACCUGCAUAUUUGAUUUACGACACGUCGUCUUUUGCAGAUCUGCCAACAAAAACAUGCGUGUCUUUAAAAUAGUUCAAUACAAUUGCACCCUUGGCUACAGUUUUUGUAUACUUUUUUUUUUUUGUAUACAUAAUUUUUGUGUUACUCAUAGUAGUCUAUACACGUUACACACUGCUCUGUGCUGAGCAUUGUUGGGGAAGUUACUCAGAAAUCUAGUUACUAUUAAUAGUUAUUUUCAUGUUACUGUGAAGUGUAUCCUCACUGUUUUGCAAGGUUGUCAAUGUCCAGAACUGUCCCACUUGAAACACCCCACUACAAGAAGAUUUCACUCAUUGACCACACUUUUGCUCUCCUUUUUCCCUUUUUUUAUUAUGAAAGUUUGAUGCAGUGUUCAUUUGGUCAAUCGAUCAAUCAGUCAGGUGGAAAACCUUUAAACAAAUACAAACACCACUUUAAGAGCAAGCACAAGUAGAUACAAUCAAAUACAACCAGGAUUUAGCACACGCAGGAUUUAAAUGCUUGGUUUUAAACUACCAUAAAGCAGACCAUGUAAAUAGACAGCAGAUAUUCAACCUUUACACAGUAAAUACACUCAGACAAGAACAACAAUUUACAGUAAAUGUGCUCAGAUGUCUUUGCAGGAAUGUGGACUGUGCACUUCGUAUUUUCCACACAGAGAGUGAAUGUGCACGUGAUGACAGUUAAAAGGGACAUAUUCACAUUGUUACUGUACUCCUCCUCCUCUACAGUUCAUGAGUCAUGCGCAGACCUUUCUCUCGCUCAUAUCCAGCAGACUGCUGAUGUGUGGAGUGGAGAAGUGACGCCUGAGGUUGCAUUGCUGGGAAAAACAGUUGUGUUUAGAGAUGAGGAACAUUAUGAAAACUGAAUUUAAAGAGUAAACUUUAACACUUGAGGAGCCAUAAACUAUCUCAAGGGCCAAAAUGUGAAAACCCAGGUUUAAAAUUGCAUCUGCCGUCUCGAACUGCAGCAUUUGGGUGUCUGUUGACGUGUAUAGUCUGUUUUGAUUUUGAUUCUGAUUUUAAUCUAGCCUGAUUUCACAGUCAUCGUUAGUUUCCUUUGUUGUCAGUCAGCACACCUGUUCUGUUUUCUGUUGAUUGUACUCGGUCUGUAUUGAAGCCCUCAGCUCAUAGUUUUCAUGUUGUUUCAGUUUAUGUGGUUUGCUAAAU